UUUAAUAUUUUAGGUAGUUUUAAAUGUCUCAACAUCAUUGUAUAUUCAGUGCCAAUGCCGAACAACUUAAAAUAACAUCUGCUACAAUUACCCCAUUCAUACUUGAUAAAGGGGGAAUUUGUAAACUUUUACAGGAAAAAAAUAAUCAAUCAAAGUUUGUUUACUCUAUUGAAGAUUCUACAAAUGAAAGGAAAUGUAGAAAAUGUAAUUUUAAAGUAGAACGCGACUUCAAACCUAUUGUAAAGCAUAGAGACUGUCAAUUCACUAUUGUAUUAAAUGGCGAAUCUAAGACCCAGCUCAUUGGAAAGUUUUGUAAUGUAAGUGACUGUGCGAAGUUAGUAGAAAUUUUUGAAAAUAUAAAAAACAUUUCAAAUUUGAAUAACAUAUUACUAAGUUCUAAAGAGAAUAUUUCUUCAGUUUAUAGUAGUCCUAAUUCUGUUUACUGUUCAACAAGUAUGCUCUCAAGCACUAAAAAUCGAACUCCGUUGACACCAUUGGGAAUGUCAAAAGUAGCACCAUCCAAUACUAGUAUUCGCGAUCAUACACCUUCGAAAUCCAUAUGCAAACAAAGACUUUUUCCAUCUUUUUCAAAUGAAAGAGAUAAUGAUGAUUUUGUUAGUGCAACAGCAAUUGGUGGAAAAAAAGCUUCAUCGUUUUACAAAAUAAAUGACCUCCAAGAAAACAAAAAUUUACAAACAUCAAAAUUGCUUCAUAGUAAAAAACUUUUUCGUUUUCGAAAUAAACAAUCUUUAUCCAAUCACAUUAGUGAAUCAAAAACAGCUUUAAUCGGUUUUUCUAAUCUUGGUAAUACAUGUUAUAUGAAUUCAAUUUUACAAUGUUUACUCAAUAUACCAAAUUUUUUUCAAGACAUGAAUGAUCCAGGCAACAUUAACAUUGUUCCAACUAAAAGUUUGUAUCACUCUUUAUAUAAUCUUGGUGUAUUAAAGUACUCAUUAGAUACACUUGAAAACCAAAUUUUUGCAUUAAAACAAGUAAAAUCUGUAAUUUCUGAAGCUGCAGUUAGAUUUUCAGGUUAUGCGCAACACGAUGCUCAUGAAUUUUUGUGUCAGUGUUUGGACCAAUUAAAAGAGGAUUUACUAAACAAUAAGGAUGAUAGCCAUUUAAUAGAUCAUAAUAGCUCAUCUGAUUCAGAUGAAAGCUCUAGAGAGAAAUGUCCUAUUAAGCAAAAUUUUGAAAGCAAGAUAAUGCAUACUGUAGUUUGUAAAAAUUGUGAUGAAAAAGUGUUUAAAACUGAAGUGUGUCAUGAUUUUUCUUUAGUUAUUCCUGAUUUUGAUGAAAACUCUGAUCCUUCAGAGCAAAAUUUAAAUCAAUUAAUACAGAUGUAUUUUUCUGACGAAGUUGUUGAAUACAGUUGUGAAAAAUGCAAGUCUUCAACUUCUGUUUUGUCUCAUCAAUUUAAAAAGUUGCCACGUGUACUCAUAUUUCAUAUAAAACGAUAUGAUAUUUCUGAAAGUAAAAGAUGUGAUCGUGUUGUCCUUCCAAAAUUGAUCGAUAUGAAGUUUCUUGCAACAAGCAAUACAGCACUACCAAAAGAGUAUAUUUUUGACAAAACCAAGCUUUGGAUAAAGAAGCCAUUGCUUAAAAACUCAAGCACUGAAAAACGAAAAACUUGUGAAACCUUAGAUUAUGAGCCGCUGAAUAAAACUUCUAAAAUGUCAUUGUUUCCUGAAAAUGAUUUAAAAAAGGAAUCUUUUAUGAGUUCAAGCAAAACAAAAGAAAAUACUAAUGACACAUUUACAAAGCUAAGAAAUAUUGAUUCCAAAAAUGAUAACGGUGUUUUCUCUCCUUAUUCUAAAUACAACACAAAUAGUAACAAUGGGUCUAUUGGAACUUAUACUGAUCUUGAUAAGAAAUUUGAAGAAUUUACAACAGUGUCAGACGACGAAGAAGAAGAUUUAAAAAAAGCCCUUGAGUUGAGCAUGAAAGAUUUUAACAAUAAACAACAUGAUGAUGACUUAAGAUAUGAAAGUUUAUUUAAAUAUGACUAUGUCUCUGAUAUAAAUUCAUUAUCACCAAGCAUGGAAGGUCUUAAUGAAGAAACUGUUUCUCUAAAAUAUUCUUAUAAUUUAGUUGGUGUGGUUAAUCACCACGGAGCUCACACAAGUACUGGACACUACACAAGUGAUAUUUAUGAUUUUAAGUCUGACUGCUGGAAAAAUUAUAAUGACUCUACAGUUAAAGAUAUUAAAGUUCAUGAAGUUUGUUAUGGUCGCAGUCAUAGUGCGUAUAUAGUUUUUUAUUUGUACAACGCAUGCUACAAAAGUAUUAAAAAUAGCUUUAUAUGAUUUUUUAAAUUUGUUGGAGUUUUUUGUGAUUUGAUUUUUGUGUAGCACUGUAAUGGUUAAUUUUUCAUAUUGUGUUUAAACAAGAGUUAUAAGUUUAGAAUUUCUUUAUUUAAAUAUUUUUUUUGUUUAUUUAAAGGUUUAUAUUAAAAAAUAUAUAUUUUGUAUAAUAAGCUGUGUUAUGCUGAAAUAUUUAAAAUUCUU